AUGGCCGACCAACCAGCAAUAAUGGUUGACCCACAACAAGCACAGAUGGCUGAACCUUCGAGUCAUGAUCAAAUUGAAAAUGUAGAAAUGACGAGCAAAGACUAUUAUUUUGAUUCAUACGCUCAUUUCGGCAUACAUGAAGAAAUGUUAAAAGACGAAGUUCGAACGCUUUCUUACCGUUCGUCUAUUUACCAAAACCGGCAUCUUUUUAAAGAUAAAAUCGUUCUUGAUGUUGGUUGUGGAACUGGAAUAUUGUCAAUGUUUGCAGCCAAAGCUGGAGCUAAGCAUGUUUAUGGAAAUAUUGUAUUUAUGAUCAUUGUAUGCCUUUUAGAGAUCACCCUUAUCAAAGGCAAAAUGGAAGAAGUCGUACUUCCAGUUGAGAAAGUUGAUAUUAUCAUCUCAGAAUGGAUGGGGUAUUUUUUGCUUUAUGAGUCUAUGCUUGACACCGUGCUUGUUGCGCGCGACAAAUACUUAAGACAGGGUGGGUUAAUAUUUCCAGACAAAGCAACAAUUUAUCUGGCAGCCAUCGAAGAUGGUGAAUAUAAAGAAGAAAAAAUCGGAUUCUGGGAUAAUGUUUAUGGGUUUGACUUUAGUUCAAUUAAAUCUGUUGCCCUUAGGGAGCCUCUAGUGGACACCGUGGACGCUAAAGCUAUAGUAACAAGUCCAUAUUCCAUAAAGUUUAAUUUAACUGCCACAAGGGAUGAUUAUAUUCACGCUUUUAUCGCAUGGUUUGAUAUUAUUUUUUCAGCUUGUCAUAAACCAAUUAGAUUUAGUACAGGUCCACAUGCUAAAUACACACAUUGGAAACAGACUGUUUUUUAUACUACUGACGCCAUCACUAUAAAAAGUGGUGAAUCCAUCAUGGGUACUUUAUCUUGCGCUCCUAAUAAACGAAACAAUCGAGACUUGGACAUAGAGAUUUCUUAUGAAUUCCAUGGAGAUACAGCUCCUUGUUCUGAAGUGUGUAAAUAUAGGAUGUGA